AUGGCGGAAGUCAUGAGUACAUCAACAAUGCCAGCAAAUAUCUCAUCCAAUGAUGAAGACGUUGUCAUGGUGGACGGAAAUGCACCUGACAUCCAUGAAGCGACGCCGGCCGAUUUCCCAGAUCAGAUCAUCAAAAUGGAAGACGAUGAUAUGGACAUCGUGUCGGAAGGUCAUGGUAACUUCCUGAGAAGCUUGCAGACCAAUAGUGAAGCUCGAGACUCUCCCAACAGCUCAUUGACGUCGACCUCGAUGCAUUCGAUUCCCUCUGACCACAAGCCUGCCCCAACAUUCAACCCUGUGAUCAAACAGGAAGUCACCAGCAGCGACAAUCAGCGGUAUCUUUACACCAAAGCCCCUGUCACUUGUCGGGCCAGGUCAUCGAUACCUCCACGACUUCCAGCGGGCGAGUAUGCCAAUCAAUGCAUCACUGCUGCUGAGAACUCGAGACUUGAUCCUUUCAAGCUCCAUGAGGAUGAGCACAAACUGCUUCAGGAUAAGCUUUGUCAGCUGCAUGUUACGGUGUAUCUGAACAUUCGCAAUGGCAUCCUUCGAUUAUGGGCGAGGAAUCCCAGUGUCAGCGUUAGCCUUGAGGAAGCCAUUGGCUGCAUCAAGGACGAGCGCUGGACCCGACUGGCCUGCUUUGCAUAUGAAUGGCUCGUACGGCGUGGCUACAUCAACUUCGGCUGUGUCGCUGCUCCCAUGGCGACCAAACAGUCACGGGCCAGGCGGAAGGAUGGACCUGCAAAGGAGACGAUUGUCGUCAUUGGUGGCGGUGUGGCUGGUCUGAGUACUGCUCGACAGCUUACGAACCUGUUCCAUCAUUUCCCAGAUCAGACGACACCCAAGGUCAUCGUGCUAGAAGGCCGCAGCCGCAUUGGUGGCCGGAUAUACUCACAUCCGCUGACCAGCAUGCGGUCUUCUAUCCUGACUCCUGAACAGCGAGCUACAGCAGAGAUGGGCGCCCAUAUCAUUGUCGGAUUCGAGAAAGGUAAUCCGCUCGACGCCAUCAUUCGUGGCCAGCUUGCGCUGAACUACCAUUUACUGCGAGACCUAUCAACGCUGUACGACGUAGAUGGGUCACCAGUCAACGGAGCCAGUGACGCCAUGAUCGAACGCCUCUACAACGAUGUCCUCGACCGAACGGGCGAAUAUCGCGUUAAUCACACGAUCAAGAAGACUGCGGAAGGUGACAAAGAAAUGAUCGAAGCUUGGCGAGAUCCUCCACCGAACGAAGAGUCCGUCACAAUAAAACAGUACGAAGAAGCUACCGCAGAUGGGACAAUAGAUUUGUUACUACCCACGAAAAAGUCUCGACGAAGGGGUGCCGGGCACAAGGCUGCUAAAGGAGAACAGUCAAAAGAAGAGGUCGACACAGAUAUGGCAACAAAGAAGCAGUUACCUGCUGCUCAAGCCGCCAAAGAAUUUGGAUUCAUGCUUAGGAAGACCACGCAGCUUGAGGAGACGCUCCAGCUGGACAAUCUGGCUUCGAAACCAAAUGCUUCGCUGGGAAGUGUCAUGAAUGCUGGUAUCGAACAGUAUCAGCAGUUCCUGGAUCUCAAACCCUACGCCCUGCGACUCAUCAAUUGGCAUUUUGCCAAUCUCGAGUACGCGAAUGCGUGUAAUGUUGACAAGCUCAGCCUUCGCGCAUGGGAUCAGGAUAUCGGCAACGAAUUCGAAGGAGAGCAUGCACAAGUCGUUGGUGGAUACCAGCAAUUUCCUCGAGCUUUGUGGCGAUAUCCUGAAGCGUUGGAUGUCCGGACCAACAAGCCUGUCCAAGCCAUUCACUACGGCGCAGCUGGACUCGGUGGUAAGCCGACAGUGGUGUGCGAGGAUGGAGAGGCUAUUGAGGCCGAUCGAGUCGUCUUCUCAGCGCCCCUGGGAGUGCUGAAGGAGCAAGCAAUCAAGUUUGAUCCUCCACUGCCCCAAUGGAAGGCCGACGCCAUCAAACGAAUGGGUUUCGGACUCCUCAACAAACUCAUCAUGGUCUUCGAGAAACCAUUCUGGGACACUGAGCGCGACAUGUUCGGCUUACUACGUGCGCCUCGGGAUAGCGCCGGGCAGGAGCAGGCAAACUACAAGCAGUGUCGAGGCCAAUUCUACCUCUUCUGGAACUGUAUCGACACAAGCGGCCUGCCCGUCCUCAUCGCACUCAUGGCCGGCGAAGCAGCGCAUGAAGCUGAAAGGACACCCGACGCAUUCCUAGUCGAAGAUUGCCUCCACCAGCUGCGAAACGUCUUCGGCCACCAAAACGUGCCCUCACCCGUCGAGUCAAUCGUCACUCGCUGGGGCUCAGACCGAUUCGCGCGAGGCACAUAUUCAUACGUCGCCGCCGAAGCAAAGGCCAACGAUUACGACACCUUGGCCGCCCCCAUCUCCAACACACUCUUCUUCGCCGGCGAAGCAACCAUCGCCACACACCCAGCAACGGUCCACGGUGCCUACCUCUCCGGCCUCCGCGCAGCACACGAAGUCUACGAAUCCCUCGUCGGCCCAAUCGCCAUCCCUUCAGUGCUCGUACCUCCUCCCUCCACCAAGUCCUCCAUCUUCGCGCCCGCCGUCAAGGCUCAAACCACCACCAGCACCACCAUCGACCUCACCGAAAUCGAUGGCCACCUCGCCCAACAACCAAAACGCAAAGGCGACGAGGUUCUCCCCGCCGGCACUUUCACCCGCCCCAUGAAAGAAAACAACAACAAAGCCCUGCAAGAAGCUUGGGACGCAGCCAUGUGGGUGCGCAUCUACAACGACCUGGGCCCUCCACCCGUCAAACCCCCUAAACUCAACAUCAACGCCUUCCUGUUGUUCUCGGGCGAGCACUGGGACGCCGUCAAGCAGCGCCUCGCCGACGCCAAAGCCGCUGCAGCUGCGACAGCAGCAGCAGCCGGCAAAGGCCACUGGAACAAAGGUCGAGGCAAGCAGACCGAGCGCGACCAAGUGCGCGUCGAGCUGGGCAAGAUGUGGGCGAGUCUCGAUGAGGAAGGGAAGAAGCCGUACACGGACACUGUGGCGCGGAAUAGGGAGGAGAACGAUAGGCUAUUCAAGGAGUGGAGUGUGAAAGCCGCGGCGUGGGAUAAGCGGACGUGGGAGGUCAAGGAUGUGUGGGUCAAGGAGGGGAAUAGUUUUGAGGAGUUUGUUGAGCGGAGAAGGGUUGAGGAGAUGGAGCUGGACAAGGCGAGAGAAGGACUCUGA